AUGAGUUCCUCGCGAAAGAACAAACGUGAUUUGACCUCGCGGACCGUUGAUUUCCUCAACCGCGUCAACAGCGUCAAGGACAACACCGACGCGGACGCCCAAUCCAGAAGCAAACCGCGCGUUCGGCGUUUAGCAUCGCAGCCUAUCAAUCGAUUUGGUAGCAGGACGCCGCAAGUUCCGCAGGGCGAUGCUAUUUGGGAUAUUCCGUCGGACUUUUCGGAGGAGGAGACACGACCAAGACGCAAUGCACAGACCGAGCCCCGUUCUCUGAGACGAUCCCAACGAGCUCGAAAGUUGGUUCAGGUGGAGGAUACUCCGACCCGGACAUUGCGGAGAUUGGCGCGUGUCAUUGAGGAUAGGCACGAGCAAAGUAGCGAGGAAGAUGAUUCUGAAAUGGAGGAAUUGGAUAAAAUCAUUGAUAAGCAGUUAGGUGGCGCGAACCUCAUCCAGUCGGUGAACAAGAACAGAAGCACAGACGUGAACCAUGGAUCUAUCAGUGAAGAAAGGGGAGCACAAGAAGGUGAAAGCAACCGGGCUUCUGAGGACCCUGUGGAGUCGACGUCACCUUCGAAAAAGCUCGGAAUUCAGAAAUCUAAGACGACGGACGCGCAGGAAGCCCAAGAGGACGACCCGGAAUGGGCGCCCGAUACAGCAGCAAGUGAAGAGUUGGGAGAAGAAGACGAUGAGAGAGGCUCGGACACUAACAGGCCGCCAGAGUCUACACAUAUCAUCCAGACUCGAAGAUUGACUCAGGAGCUGACCUCGCCGCGAACGACACGGAGACAUACCCUUGCGCCUCCAGUAGCUCAGAAAGAGGUUGACGAAUCCUCAAGAAAGCCGAACAGAAGGUCGCUGCCGGUGCAAAGUGGUUCAAGAAAGGAAGCGAGUACUCGAGACAAGCAAGGGGACAGAACGGCAGAGCUAUCAGAGGUAUCUGAAUCUGUGCAAGAUGAGUCUGAAUCAGAAAGCUCCUAUGAACCGGACGCAGAGGAAGAGGAAGAGGAAGAGGAAGAGGAAGAGGAAGAAGAAGAAGAAGAAGAAGCAGAAGCAGGGGCGAGUCGAAAUUUACCCGACACGCAGCCGGAGGAAUCGUCUAUCACCGCGAGACCAAGCAAGAGACGCCGAACUGGUGAGUAUCAGCGCAACCCCCAAGUCGAGGUUUUACGCACACAGCCAACGCCGCUGCUAGUGCAUUCAUAUCGAUCGACUCCUGAUGACAAUGAGAGCCACACAAGCUCGCGUCAACCUUCGCAAAGUCCUGCUGUUGUCGCAAGGCCCAACACUGUGAUCUCGGAUGAUGCACAAAACGAAGCUCUGGUGAGAAGGGUCAGAGACAAUGCGGGGGAUAAAGCCUGGUUUGCGGAGGCUUCCAACCUUGGACAACAAAAAGAGAACUGGGAUAUUAUAGUGACGGCAGCAUCGGAGUUGAGACAAAAUAUAGACCCCUCUCGAGCCGAGUCCUUCGGCACAAUCGACAAACAAUUAUCUCAGCUACGUACACGAUAUAGAAAGAUCAACAAGAAACUCAAAUCUCAACAGGGGCCUCUCCGAGAGAAUCUGCGUGAGUGCGACGACCUUCGCGAGGCCAUCUUGGAUGAAGGGACCAGGAUCCUUGACAGCGUCUACUAUCUGUCUCUCAGACAGGCAGAGUCGCAUGAGCUGCUGAAACAGGCGCAUCGGCUUGUUAAGCAGUUUGAAGCCCGGGUCUUUUCCACGAUGAUCAAAGUGAUCCUUCUUUGCUUUGAAGGGUACUACACCAACCGGAAACUCUUUCCGUCGGCUUAUAGACAUCUUGCCGGGGCGAUGAAGCUCCUUCUACGAUUCUGCGACCGGAUUGCCAGCCUGCGCACCGAGCGAUAUAUACGGUGCAAGGUACACAGUCGAACCAUCCGCAAGCCGCUUCAAGAGCUGAUCAAGGCGGUGGAAGGCAACUUGCUACAACGACGCCUGAAUGAGACUGACGGGGCCUCCAGAGGCGAGAAGAAGAGGGAAUGGACUGAGGAUGAGAAGAUUGCUCUGCUCGAUGGAUUGAAGCUGUUCCUGGGUGAGUUGCUGUUCCUGAUAUUUUCAGCGCCAGUAUCAUCAUCAAUGCUGAUCCAGGCUGCGGUGUCUUAG